AUGUUCCGGAACAAGAAACCAGGGAGGCUCAUAUUUUUCGAGCGGGAAGGGAUAAGCUUCUCGGGAAGUUUUUGCCUUGCCCCUUCGCGGGUAGGCAUUCCUGGGGCAGAGGCUCCCAACGCCCAGUCCUUCCCUUCGACUACCGUAACGGCCAAGGGUUGUAUUAGCUGCGACGGACGUCCCGGCUCCGGGCGGGGGGUUCGUGGGGCCUUUGCGACUACUGGACACAAUGAUACUGCAGUGGCAAAGAAGAAAGAGCCCGCCAAGUCUCUUGGUGAUAUUCAGAUUUCAACUCCUGUCACUCUGUAUUCGUCAUCUCCAGCCGACGCCCAGGCUGAUCGGGAACACCUUGGCGGAAGGUGGGAGAUGAGCCCAGAUGCUGCAUCUCGAGUCGUCUUGUCACUUUUGUGGCACCCUUGGCUUUCCUGCGACUUGUCCGUACACGUACGCUCACGUUGUGGACGGGUGGACUUGGCAAAUCACCAAGCAUUUCAGCUACUUUCUCUGAAGUUUGCGGCAUCAUCAUCAUCGAGUCCUUGA